CGCCUCGCCGCCCGCCAUGUCCGCCGCGCACCUCCUCCGCCACUCCCGCAAGCUGCGGAGCUUGCGGAACGCUAUAGACUGCGAGCGCUCCGGCCUGGCGCGCUACUUCUCUACUGGUUCUGGAUCCUUUGCCGUCAAGGAAAAUGGUGUUGAGAGAAGAAUUGGAGGCGCCAGAUUUUCUCAGUACAAGCAAUCUGGGAAAAACCUUGAGACCUGCAAGGUGUCAGUAGGAGGAGUAAAUGGAAGCUCUGCUUUCGGAGGAACACUCACCAACCGUAUCUCAAGUGGUGUUGCUGGCCUCAAUGGUCCACUGUCAUGUGUGCGGUUAGCCUCAGCAAGGUCUUUCUCAAGUAGUGCAGACCUACCACCACAUCAGGAAAUUGGGAUGCCAUCACUUUCUCCUACGAUGACUGAGGGAAACAUUGCUAAGUGGGUGAAGAAGGAAGGGGACCAAGUCUCACCUGGUGAAGUUCUGUGCGAGGUUGAAACGGAUAAAGCCACAGUUGAGAUGGAGUGCAUGGAAGAGGGCUAUCUUGCUAAGAUUGUUCAGGGUGAUGGUGCCAAGGAGAUUAAAGUUGGCGAGAUCAUCUGUGUGACAGUCGAAGAAGAGGGUGACAUCGAGAAGUUUAAAGAUUAUAAACCAUCGUCUUCCGAUGCACCUGUAGCUCCUUCUGAAUCAAAGGCUAAAUCUGAACCUGCGGAGCCAAAGGCAGAGGAGAAAGUGCCUGCCAAGGCUCCUGAGCCGAAGGCCCCAAAGACCGAAGAAGCUUCUCGAUCUGGCGAUAGAAUAUUCUCCAGCCCCCUUGCAAGAAAAUUAGCAGAAGAUAACAAUGUCCCACUAUCAAGUGUAAAAGGCACUGGUCCUGAUGGUCGUAUUCUGAAGGCAGACAUUGAAGAUUACUUGGCUUCUGCGACCAAGGGUGGCAAGAGCGAGAUUUUUGCCGCUUCAGGAUUAGAUUACACUGAUAUUCCAAAUGCGCAGAUAAGAAAGGUUACUGCGAACCGCCUCUUAGCCUCUAAACAGACCAUCCCGCAUUACUACUUGACAGUUGACACACGCGUCGAUAAUCUUAUCAAGCUGCGAGGAGAAUUGAACCCUCAGCAAGAAGCUUCUGGUGGAAAGAAGAUAUCUAUUAAUGACCUUGUUAUAAAGGCUGCAGCUUUGGCUCUUCGAAAGGUCCCCCAGUGUAACAGUUCUUGGAUGAAUGAUUUUAUCCGCCAAUACAACAAUGUGAACAUAAAUGUCGCUGUACAAACUGAGCAUGGAUUGUUUGUUCCAGUAGUUAGGGAUGCAGACAAGAAGGGACUUGGUACAAUCGGUGAGGAGGUGAAGCAGUUGGCUCAAAGAGCAAGGGAUAACAGCUUAAAACCACAAGAUUAUGAGGGUGGCACGUUCACAGUAUCAAACUUGGGAGGUCCUUUUGGAAUUAAACAAUUCUGUGCUAUCAUAAAUCCUCCCCAAUCAGCAAUCUUGGCCAUUGGUUCUGCUGAGAAGAGGGUGAUACCUGGCAGUGCGGAUGGUCAGUAUGAGUUUGGUUCCUACAUGUCAGUAACAAUGAGCUGUGAUCACAGGGUUAUUGAUGGUGCAAUUGGUGCGGAAUUCCUGAAAGCGUUCAAGGGCUACAUCGAGAACCCAACGACAAUGUUGCUAUAAAGUUAGGAGGAUGAAAACUAUUCUUGUCAAGUUCAUGAAUAAUGCACAGAAUGGUGCUGUCUCGUUUUACAUAACCUCGGCAUGGUCUUGUGGGAUCCAGAGGGCCGGAACCAAGAGCACAGACCCAACACAGGAUGACCUGAUUUUUUGGCCUGAAAACUCAGUUGUUCUUUUUCCCUUCUUUUUUUCUCCCGGAGUUAUGAUGAAAAGUAUGUUCGGCUUACAUACUCUGCUGAGCUCAUUUUUGUCGGUUUUGUGCCACUGAGAAAUCUUGAGUAUAGGGAGUUGCCAUUUUUCUAUAUAUAUACACGUAAACUUAACCAGGAGGCUCAGAAAAUGGUCGGAAUAAAUAAGCCAUGGUGGAUGAAACACCACCUUUUUGUUCGUUCAGUGACGCA